AUGGCUAAAAGAGUACGAACCAAAUCAAUUGGGCAAUAUAAUUGUGUCGUUACGAUAGUAAUAAUGAAUAAAACAAUCAGCAAGUUAUUACAACAAGAAGAACCAGAUCAAGUUCAUGUUGUCAUCUUCAAAUACAACUCAACAUCCAGCUCAUACUUACAACAAUGUAGCAAGCCUUUAUUGUAUAUUCGCGACCGAUUUCGAAAGAAACUAAUUGCAGUCGAAUUGUUCCACAAGUGGUGCACCAUCAGAAUUCGACAUCAGUGUUUGAUCUAUAGGACUAAUCCUCCGUGCACAUUUGAACAAAUUAUAUUUUCUCUUAGAAGAAGGCAUAUUAAAUUGCAGCUAGGCUGCCAAUCGAAUAUUGAAAUUAUCCAGCAAGCUAAAUUUGGUUAUCCUCUUAUGAUCAUUAUCAAAAAAUACGACAAGAUAUCAGUUUUGGAAGUUUUUGACAAAGAUCUAUGCAGAAGUGUUGAUUAUAUUCAAGCACUGUACAAUACAGUAUCUUCCGAUUCAGAAGAGACCAAUCAUAGAUUUAUAAGAGCAAUAACAGAAGUGAAGAGAUACAAGGAAAAAGGCUUCUAUCGAGACCUGCGCUAUUAUUUAAAGUGGGUAUAUCUUUGCAUGGGAGCUCUAACAACCAUCGCGUUCGCAGCUACCGUAUCAACGCUAAUUGCAGAAUUUCAUUUCCAGCAUCAACACUAUUUAGCCAAAAAUAAACCCGUUAAACUGAUUAUCAACAGAGAACUUCUAAAUCAAGUUCGAUUAGCAAAGCGUGCUUUGCAUCCCAUCGGUAUGCAUUUCCUUAUAGCGAUUAUAGAAAAAUAA